AUGAGCUCGAACCCUCCUCAGUCGGGCAAUCAAGGACAAAGCACCGCUACUCCCGCCGCUUCGACCCAGCCCGCAUCCUCUACCCCCCUGGCUGCCACCCAGGCGCCAGCCAGAUCUUACGCCAACGCAACUAAGAAGUCCGCGACGGACUCCACCGCCGCACCCGUCACCGUGGGCGGUUCAGCGCAACAUGGGCAGUCGAGCUCCGUAUCUGUGAACGGCAAACCCAUGCAAAAUCAAUCUCAACAGUCAGCCUCCUCCGGCGUGACCAUUGUCAAUGGAGCACCCACUGCUUCGGCUGCUCCCUCCGGCGAUCACUCUCGCAAGCCAUCUGUAACGAUCACUUCGAGCGGUACCUCCGGCUACAUGCCCAACGGCGGUGGCCCGGCCAGUCGGCCCAACAGUCUUCAGUUCGGAUUCCAGCAGAGUUCUCCCAACAUGGGUGCUCCUGCUGUGCCUGCCUCCAACCAGGCCCAGGCUGGACUUGGUGCCCCUUCGACAAACCCCCGUGUGACGUCUCCUCAGACCUCUCCUUCGCCUAUUCCUCAGCCUGCAUCCAGCGGCGGACGCCCACCUCCAUCGACUUACCAGGCGCAAGGAAAUGUGCCGAACUUCGGUAGCUUCGGAGAAUCUGUUGAUGCACACGGUCCUCAGCACUUGCGUCGCGAAUCUUCCCAAUCCACCCACAGCGAUAUGAGCAACCACAUGGGCAAUGGUCCCGGACGCUCAGGUUACCAGGGUGGCCGCGGUCGCGGAUACUCCCAGCCCGGCUAUCAGGGACAGCAGAUGCCCUACUCUCCUAACCCCGGUUUCCGACAGACUCCCAAUCAGCCCCGAGGCGGUCACAACAUGGGCCCCCAAUUUCACGGCUCGAACCAGGGCCGUCCUUUGGCUCCCUACCCGAACUCGCCUCACCAAGCCAACCGCAGCCCUGCCCUGGCCAACGUUAACCCUACUACUCCUCAGAUGAACCAGGUUCCGAUGGCACACCCCCAGAUGCCUCAGCAACCUUACGGUUACGGUCAACAUAUGGGCCCUCAAGCUGUGAGAUCCCCCCCUUCUCGUUUUUCCCAGGAUCCCUGGCGUCGUCCCCAAAGGAACCUUAACAGCUCUUGGAGGCGCAGAGACAAUCCUACAUACUCUCCCGAGUGUCCCGUGGAUCUUGCGCCUGAAAGUGGCCAGUUCGAACAGAUUCUAACAAUGGUUAAAUUUCAACAGUCUUUCCCCAACGCUUACGAUCCCAACUACGCUGGCUAUUACAAUCCCAAUGGUGGUUACUACAUGGGACCGCCGUCGCCCCAACCUCGCGCUGCUGGCAUGCCCUACAACCCUCAGUACAUGGGACAGCAAUUCCCUAACCCUAUGCCUCAGGCAACGCCACUUUCACGUACUCCCUCGCAGGUAUCUACUGAUCGUCCAGGUUCGAGCCUCGGCCAAGGACCGGCACCUACUGGUCCUGCUGUCGCAAGCCACACCCACACUGGCAGCCGCGCAUCUAACAGCCCCGCUCCCAAGCCGCACUUCAUCAUCCCGUCCGCAAAGAAGAGCCCGAUCAUCAUCAAAGACCCUAACAGCGGCUCAGUCAAGACCUUCGAAAAGAACCCCGCAUCCCCUGCUCGUGCCACCCCUUCACCCGUGAAGUUUACUCCUCCUCCCACAUCCACUCCCCCUCCUCGCACUGCCAGUGCGUCUGAGCACACUCGUACUGAGAGCAAGCCGAAUGCCACGAAGACCGACGAGGAGAAGAAGCAAGAGCUGAAGGACGCCGUUCGCCUGAAGAUCCAACAGGACGAGGCUGCUCAGAAGCAGCGUCUGGCCGAUGAGGCCUCUCGCAAGGCCGCUGAAGCCGCGUCGACCGAUGCCAAGAAGGAUGAGACUGAGUCUGUCCGGGCUGCCAUUGAAGAUCUCAGCAUCAAGGAUAAGGCCGCACCUGUUGAGGAGCCCAAGAAGACUGAGGCUGUUGAAGAAUCGAAGGAAGCCGCCCCUGCCGAAGAGCCUAAGAAGGCUGCUGCUCCAGCCCCCGCUCCCACUCCCGCCCCCGCUCCCGUUGAUGACGAUGAGCCCGACUAUGAUGCCAUCGAGCGUGAAAUGGCCGAGAUUGAAGCCAAGGAGCGCGCCGCCGAGGAAGACUACUACCGCGCAAAGCAAGCCAAGAAGGAGGAAGCUGAACGCAAGGAGCGCGAGGAGCUUGAGAACUACGAGGCCAAUAUGAAGAAGGCCGAGGCCGAGGCUGAGGCCCGCGAGAUUGCCCGCGAGAACGCUCGUGCCGGAGGCGGCGAAGCAACCGUCCAAGACGACAGCAAGGAUGCGUUCGCCUCACUCAAGAAGGGUGGAUAUACUGCCACUGAGUCUUCCACACCUGGCGACAGCGGUGCUGCCACCCCUGUUUCGUCUGACAUGGGUCCUCCAGCCAAGCCUGCCAGUGCUAUCCCCAAGAAGCCCGCUGGCCUCAAGAUUGAUACCCCCAAGCCCACUGAGCCCCAGCAAGCAACUGCAGGCAUGAAGUCUUUGCAGAAAGCCAAGUUCUUGGAAGACCUCAGCAAGGUUACUUACCCAUCCACCGUCACCCCUCCCGACUCCACUAUGAAUGAUGCUGCGCCCGAAGGCCGCAAGUUCCACUACGACCGGAACUUCCUGCUGCAAUUCCAGGCCGCAUUCAAGGACAAGAUUUCCGUGGACUGGGACGCUCGUCUGCGGGACACAGUUGGCGAUGCCACAGACUCUUCCCGCCCCCAGUCUGCCCGUACUCCUAGCAUGGGUAGCCGUGCUGGCUCUCGCAACAGCGCCAUGGGUCCUCCUGCCUUCGGUGGAAACUCCAUGGGCAGCUUUAUCAACACACCUGGUGGUCGACCUGGUCAGCUGCCCCCUAUGGGUAGCGGGCAGAUGGGCAGCCGCAAUGCGUCCGGCUUUAGAUUCGGGCAAGGCCCUGGUGGCAUGGGUCCUAUUGGAAAUAUUCGCCAGAACUCUGCCGGUGUUCCUCCUCGUGGUAACUCGAGCAAGGGUCCCCGCACCGACAGCCGACAGAACAAGAAGCACGGUGGCCGACAGGACACCGGCGCGCAGGACAAGUCGAUGCCUCUUACUGCUGGCAUGGAUUUGAAGGCAAUCCAAACCAGUGCAACUGGCUGGAAGCCUCGCAGUGUUGGCCAAGCUGCUGGUGCUGGUCCCGCCCCUGGUGGUGACGGCUACCUGGCACCGGAUGUCGUUCAGCGCAAGGUCAAGGCUGCGCUCAACAAGAUGACCCCGGAGAAGUUCGACCGUAUCUCUGGUCAGAUCCUCGAUAUUGUCUCCCAGUCCAAGGAUGAGUCCGAUGGUCGUACCCUGCGCCAAGUCAUCCAACUCACCUUCGAGAAGGCUACCGAUGAGGCUCACUGGGCCCCUAUGUACGCCAAGUUCUGUAAGAGCAUGCUAGAGAGUAUGAGCCCAGAAAUCAAGGAUGAAAACAUUCGUGACCGAAAUGGCACCGUUGUUGCUGGUGGAAGUCUCUUCCGCAAGUACCUGCUUAACCGUUGCCAAGAAGAAUUCGAGCGUGGCUGGAAGACUAACCUGCCUGAGAAGCCCGAGGGCACUACUGAAGAGGUUCAAAUGCUGUCUGACGAAUACUAUAUCGCUGCCGCCGCUAAGCGUCGCGGUCUUGGUCUCGUCAAGUUCAUUGGUGAACUUUACAAGCUUAACAUGCUUACAGAGCGUAUCAUGCACGAGUGUGUUAAGAAGCUUGUUGACUACGAGGGUAUUCCCGAUGAAGCCGAGGUCGAGAGUUUGACCAGUCUGCUGCGCACUAUCGGUGGCAGCCUCGAUGCCUCCGAAAAGGGACCUGCCAUGAUGGAUGCUUACUUCGCUCGCAUCCACCUGAUGAUUGAGACACCCAACCUGCCCAGCCGUCUUCGUUUCAUGCUUCUAGAUAUUGUUGAUCUGCGUGCCGCACACUGGAACUCCAAGGAUUCCGAUAAGGGCCCUCAGACCAUUGUUGAGAUUCGCGAGGCUGCUGCCCGUGCACAGCAAGCAGCUGAGGCUGAGCGCCAGCGCCAGUCCAGCAACCGCGGAGGCGGUGGCCGCAUCCCCAUGGGUCGCGGUGACGCCCGCGGCUUCGGAUACAACCAAGCUCCUCCCCCCGACUACGCCUCUAGCAAGGUUGGCAGUGACGAUCUCCGCCGCCUACGUGCGACUCGCAACACCAACCAGCCCAUGUCAUUCGGUCCGUCCAGCCUUCUCGGCUCACGCACUAACAGCGGCCGUAAGAACCUCGGUCCCGGCGGUAACCUGGUCCGUGGUAGCGACGAUAGCGCCGCCAGCAGCCGCACCGGCACUCCUACCGGCAGCAAGAAGGAAGACAACUCUUCCAUGAAUGCUUUCAGCGCGCUCGCUGCCCUUGAAGAUCGGGAUAACAUGGCUACCUCGCCACCGUCAAACCCUACUUCCCCGGUGCUCACCAAGUCUCAGCCCGCGGCGACGGAACGUCGUCCCUCAAAAACCCCGUCUGUUAAGGAUGGCGAAUUCACAGCAUAG